AAACCCACGCUGCCACAUGGCUCUUUAAAACCGCUUCACACACUGGUGAUCCCCAGCUAGUCGUCAUGAGUUGAAUGUUUUCUUCACCUGCGAAAAAGAAGGAAUUCCUGCAACUCCCCAUCCGCUUUGGCGUAGCUUUUGAGCGGUUCUCCCACCUGCCGAACCCGCCGAAGAGAUCCCCGCCGAACGUCUUGAGAUCUCGAGGCCCUGAACCAUUCGGGUGCUCCACACACGCGGAUGCGCGAUUGUGGUGAUCACUUGCUCUUCCACACGGAGCGGCCAGUGGAGCUUGGGGAAGAAGUGAUGAACUGCUAUGGCCUUCAGGGCAACACGCAGUGGUUAAUGAACGGUGGCUUUCUGGAUCGGUCACGGCCCUGCGACGACUUGCUGGUGACUCCUGCAGAUGUGGUGAGUGCGGUGCUGGACUACCUCAUGAACAGGAAGGUUGACAGUGAUGAGGAAGACGAGCUGGGGAGAGAAGCGACCCUAUGCUCGAGAUUCUCUCUAAUGCAGGAGUUGGGCAUCGGAAGUGGCGGAGCGCUCUUCAGCCUUUCGAUGGCUGAACUUCUUCCCGAUGACCUGGCGACCAUGAUCUUGGUCCUUUGCAUGUCGGAGAAGGACUAUUUGACCUACCAGCAGCAAAGAACUGCAGGUGGUCAGCAAGCUGUGAUCGACCUUGCUGGCGAAGAAGGUGAGGAACUCUCUGAGCCUUUGUUGGCGGAUCUCUAUGGCUCCCUCCUGUGCUUGGUGCAGUGGCUCCGGCGCCGCUACGAAACCACCUUGGAAGAGGACAUGAGGAUGUUGGAAGAACUUCAAUCUGAAGCAGCGAACUCCAAGGGCGCCAAGCGACGAAGAAUAGAGGAGACGGCGGAGGCGGAGGAGAGCUCGACCCUUCAUGGUGUGCGGCCGGAGAACGCCCAGAACAUUUUGCUCCUGCGCAUCGGUCAAAAGCGGGUGUUACAAGCCCUGGAAGAGCAAGCUGAGCAGUGCUUCGCAGACUGACCAGCGAAAAGAGGUGCUAUCGCAUGGCCGGCAUCGUUGCGACCCGCAACCACAGGAAUGAUUGCUUUGGUCAUUCGGGAGCGCUCAUAUUGAAAACUCACCAG